ACAGGUGGAGGAGGGGGAGGGUUUGGGGGAGGUUUUGGCGGUGGAGGCGGUGGAUUUGAUGGCGGCCACCAGGGUGGUGGCGGAUUUGGCGGCGGACAUCAGAAUGGAGGUGGAUUUGGUGGUGGACAUGAUGGAGGAGGCGGAAGUUUUGGGGGUGGUCAUGGUGGAGGUGCAAGCUUAGGUGGUGGUGGAUAUGGCGGUGGUGGACCCAUUGGUGGAGGUGGUGGUGGGGUCAUUGGUGGUGGUGGUGAUGGAUAUGGAGGCGGUGGGAUUAUUGGAGGUGGUGGAAAAGGUGGAAUUGGAGGUGGAUUCGGUGGUGGGCAUGAGGGAGGUGGUGGUGGAUAUGGUGGUGGUGGUGGGACCAUAGGUGGAGGUGGAUUUGGUGGUGGGAAAGGAGGUGGUGGACAUGGGGGAAGUGGUGGUGGAUAUGGUGGUGGUGGUGGAGCCAUAGGUGGAGGUGGAUUUGGUGCUCGUUUCUUCGUCGUCGCUUCGUUCGCUGUGUCAGCGCUGGUCGCCAUCGCUAGCGCAGAUGGUCACGGAGGUGGAUUUGGCGGUGGUGGAUUCGGUGGAGGUGGAUUCGGUGGAGGUGGAUUCGGUGGUGGUGGAUUCGGUGGAGGUGGAUUCGGUGGCGGCGGAUAUGGUGGCCGCGGAGCGACUGGCUUCAGCAGCGGUGGUUUAGGUUUCGGCGGAGGCAAAGGUGGAUUUGGAGGUGGUUUUGGUGGUGGAAAGGGAGGCUUUGGAGGAGGCCAUGGCGGUUUUGGAGGAGGUGGAUUUGGUGGUGGAAAAGGAGGCUUCGGCGGAGGCCAUGGUGGAUUUGGUGGUGGCAGCUUCGGAGGAGGAAAGGGAGGAUUCGGUGGUGGAUUUGGCAACGGUGGAUUCGGUGGUGGUGGAUUUGGAGGUGGCAAAGGUGGUUUCGGCGGAGGUCAUGGUGGAUUCGGAGGUGGCCACGGAGGAUUCGGCGGCGGAAAGGGAGGAUUUGGCGGUGGUUUCAGCAGCGGUGGAUUCGGCGGCGGUGGAUUUGGAGGCGGCCACGGUGGAUUUGGCGGUGGCUAUGGCAAGUAACCUUGCAAACGAACGAACGAACGAACGAUUCGGCCUGUGAUCUUUAUUUCUAAUCAACGAAAGAAAAUGAACUUGUAAAACUAUUUAAAUAAAAAAUACUCA